CCCCCUCCCUCUGCUGCUGUCAUUCUGUCUCGGUUUCAUUUCACUGUCCAUCCAGACUUUCAUGGUACAGUCGCAGAGUUAACUGAAUGAUGUCCAGCAUGACCCCUACUGCCUUGAGACAGGCAUCCAGAGCCUACGCGCGUCGCUUUCAGCAUGGCUCUCUGAACUCCUUCCUGCCCCGACGGGCGCUCGCCACCGGUGGCAUCGUUGCCCGGAGGUCCUAUGUCACCGAGACCAAGGCUGGAAAUGCUCAGGUCACGAUCGAUACCGCCAUUAAGCAGGAGCAGAAGAACUUCGUCAACCAGACUGGCAUCCAGCCCGGAAAGGUGGAGCUGCCUAGCUCGGGCGUCUCCGGAGACGCCUCGAUGAGCCCGACCGCCGGCAUCCUGAAGCAGGCCACGAUCAUGGAUCAAGGAACGCGACCCGUCUAUCUCGAUAUGCAGGCGACGACUCCGACCGACCCCCGUGUUCUCGACGCGAUGCUUCCCUACCUGACUGGCAUCUACGGCAACCCCCACUCGCGAACCCACGCCUACGGUUGGGAAUCGGAGAAAGCUGUCGAGCAAGCCCGCGAACACGUUGCCAAGCUCAUCGGCGCCGACCCCAAGGAAAUUAUCUUCACCAGUGGCGCCACCGAGAGUAACAACAUGAGCAUCAAGGGAGUCGCUCGGUUCUUCGGUCGCUCCGGUAAGAAGAAGCACAUCAUCACCACCCAGACGGAGCACAAGUGUGUCCUGGACAGCUGCCGCCACCUCCAGGAUGAGGGAUUUGAUGUUACGUACUUGCCUGUGCAGAACAACGGUCUGAUCCGCAUGGAGGACCUCGAGGCCGCCAUCCGCCCGGACACUGCCCUUGUCAGUAUCAUGGCGGUCAACAAUGAGAUUGGCGUGAUCCAGCCCAUGGAGGAGAUUGGAAAGCUAUGCCGCUCCAAGAAGAUCUUCUUCCACACCGAUGCCGCGCAGGCGGUCGGCAAGAUUCCUAUGGAUGUGAACAAGCUGAACAUCGACCUGAUGUCCAUCUCCAGCCACAAGAUCUACGGACCUAAGGGUAUUGGCGCGUGUUACGUCCGCCGCCGCCCAAGAGUCCGUCUUGAGCCUCUUAUCUCCGGUGGUGGUCAGGAGAGAGGCUUGCGCAGUGGCACCCUUGCUCCUCACCUGACCGUCGGUUUUGGCGAGGCUUGUCGCAUUGCAGCACAGGACAUGGAGUAUGACUCCAAGCACAUCUCCCGCCUUUCGAAGCGCCUGAGCGACGCCCUUCUGGGUAUGGAACACACUUCUCUCAACGGCGAUGCGACCCGCCACUACCCCGGCUGUGUCAACAUCUCGUUUGCCUACAUUGAGGGCGAAUCUCUCUUGAUGGCGCUGAAGGAUAUUGCUCUCUCGUCGGGCAGUGCCUGUACCUCUGCCUCGCUGGAGCCCAGCUACGUCCUGCGGGCUCUGGGCAGCAGCGACGAGAGUGCGCACAGCAGUAUCCGCUUUGGCAUCGGCCGCUUCACAACGGACAGCGAGAUUGACUACGUGCUCAAGGCGGUGCAGGAUCGGGUGACGUUCCUGCGUGAGCUGAGCCCGUUGUGGGAGAUGGUGCAGGAGGGCAUUGAUUUGAGCACCAUUGAGUGGAGCCAGCACUAAAACCGUUUCUUCUUUUUGUUCUGCGUCUCAGAAUGACUGGAAUGUGGGUUGGUCAGGCACCAGGCGCAGGCAUGUUCACUUGGGUUCUUUGCUUUUUAUCCACGAUAUCAGCGGUGGUACGGCGUUCGGAUAGCGUGUAAUAUUAUAGGCCUGGGAUGUGGUGUGCGUGAAAUUGCAUAGAGAAUGGAUGUAAUGACGAUUGAUUGUGUUAU